AUGAUGGCCAUCAUCGGCAUGUUCUACCAGGACGGCCUCACAGGCUCCGCGUGGGGCGACUGGGCCAACUACGCCGACUCGCCGCUGCGCGCCUUCGAGAGCGAAUUGGGAGUGCAGGCGCCCGUCGGCUUCUGGGACCCUGCCGGCCUCAGCAAGGACGGGGACGCGGCGGCCUUCAAGCGGCGCCGCUCCACCGAGAUCAAGCACGGCCGGAUCUCCAUGCUGGCCACGAUGGGCUACAUCACCCCCGAGGUGGCCGGCAAGUUCCCGGGCUACCUCAGCCCGUCCAAGGGCUUGACUUUCGAGGAGAUCCCCAACGGAUUGGCUGCCAUCUCCAAGGUGCCCUUCGUGGGAUGGCUCCAGAUCGUCAUUUACUGCUUGUACGUUGAGGCGUCUGGACUUGGCUUCAAUUACAUCGGCACGGAGAAGACCCCGGGCGACGUGGGCUGGAAGCCGCCGCUGCUUUCUGGCUUCGAUGGCGAGGCGAAAACGAAGAAGCUGAAUGCGGAGAUUGCCAAUGGCAGGCUGGCAAUGAUGGCGAUCAUCGGGAUGUUCUUCCAGGACGGUUUGACGGGCAGCGCGUGGGGUGAUUGGGCCCUCUACACUGACUCGCCGCUUCGCGCAUUCGAGAGCGAGUUGGGCGUGCAGGCGCCGUUGGGCUUCUGGGACCCCCUGGGGCUCUCAGCCGAUGGCGAUGUGGCUUCCUUCAAGCGCCGCCGCUCUGUGGAGAUCAAGCACGGCAGGAUCUGCAUGAUGGCGACCAUGGGCUACAUUACGCCGGAGGUUGCUGGAAAGUGGCCUGGUUACAUCAGCAAGUCCGAAGGGUUGAAGUUCGCUGACAUCCCGAACGGGUUGGCGGCCAUCUCCAAGGUGCCCGGACUGGGCUGGCUGCAGAUCGCAUCUUGGUUUGCAUUCUGUGAGAUUCAGCAGGGCUACGACGCAGACGCCAAGGCCGAGCCAGGCAAUGUGGGGUGGAAGCCGCCUCUGCUUACGUCCGCCGACCCUGAGACACGAAAGCGCAGGCUGAACGCUGAGAUCGCAAACGGCCGGCUCGCCAUGAUGGCCAUCAUCGGCAUGUUCUUCCAAGACGGUCUUACUGGGUCUGCCUGGGGUGACUGGGCCAACUACACGGACUCUCCGCUCCGCGCGUUCGAGAACGAGCUGGGCGUGCAACCGCCAGUGGGCUUCUGGGACCCGGUCGGUUUCACGAAGGAUGGCGACGUUGCGGCUUUCAAGCGAAGGCGGGAGACCGAGAUCAAGCACGGUCGGGUCUCCAUGCUGGCGACGAUGGGCUACAUCACCCCCGAGGUGGUCGGCAAGUUUCCUGGUGAGCUCUCUCCCAGUCUCGGAGUCAAAUACGAGGAUAUCCCGAACGGCCUUGCCGCCCUUUCCAAGGUGCCAGGCCCCGGUUGGCUGCAGAUCGUGGCGUAUUGCCUCUAUUGCGAGUCUGGGCCUUUCGGAUACAACGCUGACCCCAACAGGAAGCCUGGUGAGCUUGGCUGGAGGCCGAUCGGUUUGUACAGCGCUGACCCCCAGGUGAGGCAGCGCAGGCUGGCUGCUGAGAUCGCAAAUGGCCGGCUCGCAAUGAUGGCCAUCAUCGGCAUGUUCUUCCAAGACGGUCUUACUGGGUCUGCCUGGGGUGACUGGGCCAACUACACGGACUCUCCUCUCCGCGCGUUCGAGAGCGAGCUGGGCGUGCAGGCACCAGUGGGCUUCUGGGACCCGGCUGGUCUGAGCAAGGACGGGGACGCGGCGGCCUUCAAGCGGCGCCGCUCCACCGAGAUCAAGCACGGCCGGAUCUCCAUGCUGGCCACGAUGGGCUACAUCACCCCCGAGGUGGCCGGCAAGUUCCCGGGCUACCUCAGCCCGUCCAAGGGCUUGACUUUCGAGGAGAUCCCCAACGGAUUGGCUGCCAUCUCCAAGGUGCCCUUCGUGGGAUGGCUCCAGAUCGUCAUUUACUGCUUGUACGUUGAGGCGUCUGGACUUGGCUUCAAUUACAUCGGCACGGAGAAGACCCCGGGCGACGUGGGCUGGAAGCCGCCGCUGCUUUCUGGCUUCGAUGGCGAGGCGAAAACGAAGAAGCUGAAUGCGGAGAUUGCCAAUGGCAGGCUGGCAAUGAUGGCGAUCAUCGGGAUGUUCUUCCAGGACGGUUUGACGGGCAGCGCGUGGGGUGAUUGGGCCCUCUACACUGACUCGCCGCUUCGCGCAUUCGAGAGCGAGUUGGGCGUGCAGGCGCCGUUGGGCUUCUGGGACCCCCUGGGGCUCUCAGCCGAUGGCGAUGUGGCUUCCUUCAAGCGCCGCCGCUCUGUGGAGAUCAAGCACGGCAGGAUCUGCAUGAUGGCGACCAUGGGCUACAUUACGCCGGAGGUUGCUGGAAAGUGGCCUGGUUACAUCAGCAAGUCCGAAGGGUUGAAGUUCGCUGACAUCCCGAACGGGUUGGCGGCCAUCUCCAAGGUGCCCGGACUGGGCUGGCUGCAGAUCGCAUCUUGGUUUGCAUUCUGUGAGAUUCAGCAGGGCUACGACGCAGACGCCAAGGCCGAGCCAGGCAAUGUGGGGUGGAAGCCGCCUCUGCUUACGUCCGCCGACCCUGAGACACGAAAGCGCAGGCUGAACGCUGAGAUCGCAAACGGCCGGCUCGCCAUGAUGGCCAUCAUCGGCAUGUUCUUCCAAGACGGUCUCACUGGGUCUGCCUGGGGUGACUGGGCCAACUACACGGACUCUCCGCUCCGCGCGUUCGAGAACGAGCUGGGCGUGCAGGCACCCACAGGCUUCUGGGACCCUGCUGGAUUCUGCAAGGACGGGGACGCUGAAGAGUUCACCCGCCGCCGGGUAACUGAAAUCAAGCACGGCCGGGUCUCCAUGAUCGCGUGCAUCGGGUACAUCGUGCCCGAGUAUUUCAAGUUCCCGGGAUACUGCUCACCCAAAGAUGGCGUCGCCUUCGCGGACAUCCCGAACGGUUUGGCCGCGUUCGGCAAGGUGCCUGCCGCGGGCUGGCUUCAGAUGUUCCUGUUCGCGGGCUUGAUCGACUUUGGAUACCUCCAGUACGACCCCAGCAGGGGCCCAGGCGACUACAAGAACGCAGGGGUCUUUGGCGUCCUCAACGGCGGUUCGUGGGGCCCGAUGCAGAAUGCAGAGGCGAGGAAGACGAAGCUGAACUCUGAGAUUGCGAACGGUCGCCUUGCCAUGAUGGCCAUCAUCGGCAUGUUCUUCCAGGACGGCCUUACUGGGUCCGCCUGGGGCGACUGGGCGCUCUACGAAGCCUCUCCCCUGCGCGCUUUCGAGAGUGAGCUGGGCGUGCAGGCACCAACCGGCUUCUGGGACCCUCUGGGCUACACGAACGAUGGCAGCGUGGAGAACUUCCAGCGCCGCCGCUCUACAGAGAUCAAGCACGGGCGUGUUGCCAUGUACGCGACCAUGGGCUACAUCUUCCCCGAGUACGUCAGGUUCCCAGGCCUGCUGGCCCCCUCGUCCGGCCUGAAGUUCGCCGACGUGCCCAACGGACUGGCUGCUCUCUCCAAGGUGCCAGCGGCUGGCUGGCUGCAGAUCUUCCUCUUCAUCGGCACGUACGAGGUGUCCUACACGGAGAAGCCUGGCGAGCCGGGCAAUUACGGCAAGGGGUGGCUCGGCACCGGCAUUUUUGGUGGUGUCUCCGAUUCCGCCAAGAGGACCCGCGGCCUGAACUCCGAGAUCGCGAACGGGCGCCUGGCCAUGAUGGCGAUCAUCGGCAUGUUCUACCAGGCUGGAAAUGGCACGGGAUCGGUGCGCGGCCUCACUGGGACGGCCCAGGGCCUCAGCAGAGGCAUGGAUCCGCGCACGCCAGCGCUCCGCUGCCUGUCGGGCGCCCUGCACCAGGCCUGGGAGUCUGGCUCCGAGGCGGGGCGCUUCGCGUCGCGGCUGCGGUCUGAGUGCUGGGCGGAGCUCCCCUCGAGCAAGCAGAUCACCGCGUGGGCCCGCGAGUCGCUCGGCCUGCCGCCCUCCACCGUGUUCCGGGCCGCGAGCGCUACCCCGCCGAAGGCGUGCGGCCUGCCCGGCGUGCUGCCCGGCAUGUACGCGGGGGCCCUGGCCGCCUCCAAGUCAAAAGGCGGCAAGGGCUGCGGCGGGAAGGGCGGCACGCGGCCGGGUGACUGGAACUGCCCGAGCUGCGGCUACAUGUCGUGCCCCGGCCCCAGCGGUGGCUUCUGCGGAGACCCAUGUGGUAAGGACGGUGCAAGUCCGGCCGAGCUGCACUCUGCCGAUGCAGCACUGGCCAGGAUCACUUGCGGCUCGCAGCAAUCGCAGAUAAUCUUGCCAAUCUUCGUGUCCGCCUUGAACUUCCAAAAGAGCGUCGCGCACUGCCGUUUGCCCUCUACCUCCUUCUGCGGCUUGCACCCGAAGUACGCCGCCGCUUUCGCCAAGGGGCGCCAGUUCUUCUCCUGGUUGAUCGUGGUCAGGCAGGACUUGAACUGCUCCUGCAGGUACGCCAACAGGACGGAGUGCAGGCGCUGCGGGGGCCCGAAGCCCGAGGGCGCAGGCCUCGACGUCGUCCCGCAGCAGGCGGCCUUCGUUCACAAGCCCGCGCUGCCUGGCGACUGGAUCUGCCCGGGCUGCAGCGACUUGGUGUUCGCCAAGCACCCGGUGUGCAGGCGCUGCCAGACGCCGAACCCGAAUGGCUCACCGGGCGUGAAUCCAAAUGGUCCCGUGGCCGACCUCGCGAACCUGCCGCCGGGACAGUGCCGCUACUACGCCGCGGGUUUCUGCAAGCACGGCCACUCGUGCCAGUACGCCCACGGCGACGGCACUCAGCAAGCGGUUGGCGGGGCCGUCGCGGUGGCCGCGCCGCCCCAGCAGCCGCGGGUUCCAGUAGGCGAGAGUGCAUUCGGCUUCGCGAGGGCCCCGGGCGCGAUGCCCUCGGUGGCGCUGGGGCUGCGGCAGUGCAAGUUCUACGCCCGCGGCUUCUGCCGGGACGGCGAGGCCUGCCGCUACGCCCACGGCGAGAAGGCCGGCGCAGACGACACCACCAUGGGCGACGGCACGACGAGCGCCGCGUCUCGCACCAGACGCCCUGGCACCGUGCUUCUGGUGCGAUUCGCUCCGGGUGCGUCGCUGGACGAGUCCACCGCGAUGGCCGACGAGCGCCGUCUGACGGACGCCACCAUGGGCGACGACACGACGAGCGCCGCAGCUCGUAGCGGCGCCUUUGGAGCCACGCUCCUGCCGCUCCUCGUGUCUCUGUUCGUGGGCAACGCGGCUGGGGUGGCAGUAGACGAGUCCACCACGAUGGCCGACGAGCGCCGCCUGACGGAAACCACCAUGGGCGACGACACGACGAGCCCCGCGGCCCCCCGCGCGGCGUUCCAGGCGGCGCUGCUGUGCGCCCUUGCUGCGGAAGGCGAGCACAGCGACCUCGACAUCUUCCUGGUGGGCCAGAUGGGGCGCCGGAGGCUGCGCCCGAGGUCUGGCUUCCGCCUCUCCUUGCGGGUGGCCGUGCCGCCCGUGCCGCCCCGCCAGCAGCGCGGUGAGGUUUGCAUGGCCGCCGAAAGUGGCGGCGGCGUUUGCCUCGUCUGCCGAGUGGUAGCGGCGGCUGGCUUCGCCGAUCGGGCGGAGGCCGAGCUGCGCGGGCGAGCCGCCAUGGCGCGGCGCGCCGCCCAGGCGUCCCUUCGCCGUGCCAUUGUCUAUUGUGAGAAGGUCGAGACCCAAUACUUCGAUGCCCAGGACCAGGUCCAAGAGUGCUCGGAGACUGGAUUUCGCCAAGAUGGGUGGGAUAUGAAGCCUGUUGCCCCCUUCCUCGGGUUCGGCAUGCUGGAGCUUCGGCUGCAACCGCUGGCAUGCGUGGACGCACAAGUCCUGCCCUACAUCAACGGCCGUGUCGGAUACGUCGACGAGGGCAUCAUCCACGACCUCUUGCCGUUCCGCGUCUUCUACAGUGACCUCGCGGAACGGGGGAUAGGGGCACCCCCGUUGUCCCAGCGGCUGGUAGACCGCAUGCCCAUGGACGUCAAGAGCCUUGCCGGCUCAGACUGCACGAUACCAAGCGUGCACCCCGUGGUGACCAGCGAGCGGAGAGAUCAGCCUCGGCAGCGAGGCGUGCCAUUGCCGCUUUCUGGAACGAUUCUCGGCCACAUGCGCGACUUCGAAGGGAGCUACGGGGCCCUGCCCGGAGGCGAGCAGCAGCCUUCCCCGUGGCUCUCCUCCUCCGAUGGCGCGCAGGCCACCCUGACGGCCCCGAACCCUCCAGACCGCCGCGACGAGCGCUUCCGCGCGCAGUUCCUCAAGUCCCAGCUGUGCAAGUUCUACGAGACUGGCUGCAGCCGGGGGGGCGCUUGCGAGUUUGCGCACGGCCUGGAGGAGCUGCAGGCCGCCCCCGACCUGACCAAGACCUCCCUCUGCAGGGCGUGGCAGGCGGGGCGUUGUCGCCGGAGCUCGGAAGAGUGUUCCUUCGCGCACGGUCUCGACGACCUGCGGGUGACCGAUGUCUAUCGCAAGUCGGCGCCGUGCAAGAUGUUCGCCAUGGGCCGAUGCAAACUUGGGAAGAGAUGCAGGCACGCCCACAGCGUGUCCGAGAUGCGUGCCGCCAGGGGCCGCAGCGCCGGCCACGCCCGGGGGCAGCAGCAGGAAGGCCUGCGGCAGCCCCUCGCGCCGCGGCCGCCGCAGCCCUCGCAGCCGGAGGAGGCCUAUGGCACUCGACCGCCGCCGUUCGCGGCGGGCCUCGCAGAGGCGCGGAGCGCUUUCCCGCUCCCGCAGGAGAGCGACCGCAGCGGAUGCGUGCACCCAGCCCUCGGGAGUCCCGAGCUGGUGCCUCAGCACAUCCCGCUGAGGCAGUUGGUCAAGCGGAUGCACCCGUUCGAGCCCGGGCCGAGCGCCUUGGACGCCAACGCUCUUUCGGUCAGUGGUUGGGCGGCGCCGCUUCCCUGGAUUCCACAGGCCUCGGUGGACUACACAAGCGGAGUCCAGACGUUGAGUUUGUGA